AAGGGGCAAAGUGAUAAGUGCGCCAUCUGCAGACAUUCGUUUUUUUGCACGAAAAACCGCCAAUUCAAUGUUGAUUGCAUAUAUAAUUAAUUUUUCUUCUACCUAUUACAGAAACAAAAUUUUGUUUUGAGUAUAUUAUAUCUCUAUGCUUGUGCAAAAGAAAUUUCAAAACGUUGAUUUGACUUCAGCUACCUAAUAUUUUGAUGUGUAUGGCAAUGGCGGAUUUUGUGUUUAUCAUGUAUUUCAUAUUAUUAUUGGUGUUUGAACUAUGUACGGGAGAAAAGGAGACUUUUACCUUAGCAGAACAUGAUUUUUCUUCAGAAAAUGAGGAAUCACAAAAAUCCAUAGAUAUUAUAGACAUUAAUGAUAAUUCAUCUGGAUACCAACGCUUGAAGUGCUAUAUUUGUGAGGGACCAGACUGCUCGUAUACUAAGUUCUGUCAUAAUGCAGUUACGUGCUGGAAAUCUAAAGUAAAACAAUCUGAUGGUACAAUAAGUGUAAGUAGAGGGUGUACUUCGUCAGUAGACCAAAUGUUAUUAAUAUGCAAUAAGCAACAGCCACUACAUGCUAAUCAUAAUAAUAAUAAUAAUAAUAAGAAAAAGAGACACAUUAGUGGUCCUGUAAGUGGUAUCCAAUAUUUUGUUGAGUGUUGCCAAACAGAUUUUUGUAAUGGUGGACCAUUUCCAAUAUUGCAAGACUAUAGUGGAGAUGCUGUUAAAGAAGAUUAUACAGUUAAAUUAACAUUAGCAAUUUUGGGUUUGAUGGUUGGAUUUUGUGUUAUUGCUGGAGGACUGUUGUUUUAUUUAUUGGUAUGCAGAGCACGCAGGAAACGGCCUUUAACUGCUAAACGUAAUAAGCUCGUUAUUGAGUCUGAACUGGAAUCGUCAUAUCUACAUUUCUCAUUUUCUUCUCCAACAUCAGUCCCUACAUGUCCUGCUCAUGAACUUAGAGCAACUGCAGCUGGUGAUAGCACAUUAAAGGAAUACCUUGAUGGAAGAAGCUUAACCAGUGGCUCAGGUUCUGGUUUACCAUUGCUAGUACAAAGGACAUUGGCUAAGCAAGUGUCAUUAGUGGAGUGCCUUGGUAAUGGAGGCAAUGGCGGAUUUGGUGGAGAAGUUUGGAGGGGUGUUUGGCAUGGUGAGAAUGUCGCAGUUAAAAUAUAUUUUUCACGUGAUGAAGCAGCAUGGGCGCGAGAAACAGAGGUCUAUUCACAAUUACUGCCAUCCAGACACGAUAAUAUUCUUGGUUACGUUGGAAGUGAUAUGACAAGUAGAGCGAGCUGUACUCAACUUUGGUUGGUGACACAUUACCAUCCUAUGGGCUCACUUUAUGAUUAUUUGAGCAGAUCGCAUCAUUCACUUAUGCAUCAUCAAAUGCUCAACAUUUGUUUGAGUAUUGUGAAUGGUUUGCUCUAUUUGCACACGGAGAUUCACGGAACUCGUGGAAAGCCUGCAAUGGCACACCGUAAUUUGAAGUCUAAAAACAUCCUCGUGAAGACCAAUGGGAGUUGCGUGAUUGCAGACUUCGCACUAGCGGUGACGCAAGAUCGCCUAUCCACGGAUAGAAUUGAUUUGAAACUGGGUACAAAACGGUACAUGAGCCCUGAAAUUCUUGAGCAAACAAUAAACAUGGAAUGUUUAGAGAACUUUAGACGAUCAGAUAUUUACAGCUUAGGACUGAUACUUUGGGAAGUUUGUCGAAGGUGUAUAAGCAAUGGUGUAGCACUUGAAUACAUGGCACCAUAUUCUGAAUGGCUUCCUAGUAACCAAGAACCUUCCAUUGAAGAAAUGCGGAAAUUAGUGUGUUUGGAUCAUCGCAGACCGCCACUUCCUAAUAGAUGGCAUUCUGAUUCUACACUGGCUGGUUUGGGAAAAUUAAUGAAAGAAUGCUGGCACGGAAAAUCAGCAGCACGAUUACCUGUCCUUCGAGUUAAGAAAACACUUGUUAAAUUAGCAGCUAAUGACUCACGCGUCCACUUGCCCCUCGACUAAUACUAGGCAUAUAUUAAAUUAUAUGUAUAUCAUUUUAUGCACGUAUUUAUUGAUAUGAAGUUAAUGAGCACUUUGAUUGGUGUUCUAAAUUUUCUUCAUCUUUAGAAAAAUGUAAUAAAAAUGCGUAACGUUUUUUAUUUUAUUACUACUGUUUUCUAUUCAUAUGUCAUAAAUUUGACUUCUUUUGUAAUAUUUUGUCAUAUACAUUUGUGAUUGACGUAAAAAAAAGUGCCACUUAGUAAGUAAUUCAUCAUUUCAUCAUUUAUUUAGGGAUUUAGCGUUGAAUGCACAAUGACGGCCAUAUACUUACGUACAAAUUAUACCUUUACUUUCUAAACUGUGUAUAUUUUCUUGCCACACUUUAAAAUAGUAUCAAAACUGUAUUUUCCCAAAAUUCAACCUGUUUGUUAUCAAUUAAUAACAAAGAUUUUAAUUAUUUUAAGAAUCCAACAAAUUUAUGCUUACUUUGUAUCAAGUACCAAUUUUUCAGGCGGAAAAUUACUCGAAUAUAUUUUAAAAACCUAUUUAUUCUUGUACCUAAUAUUAAAUUACAAUUGGGAUAUUGUUACGACGUAAAUACAUAUUCUUUAGAAAUUUUGAUACAAUCAAAUUCAUAAUAGAUAUGAAGCCCACUAUUUUGGAAUUGAUAUGAACAAGCGACAUUUUCAACUGCCGACAACUUAACAUUGGAGUUAGUGACGCUAGUUAGUAAUUUAUUACACAUUUUUUGAAUAGACAAUGCGCCUUUGAUAUUUUAUUUGAAAAUCUAAUUAAAGGAUCAGGAUGUGUACGUUACAAAAUGAAGUGUAUUUUCAUUCCUAUAUUAUGUUUAUAUUUAUUAACUAAAAUCGUCUUCAGAGCUAAGAUUAGAAAUAACAAAUUCAUGUACAGUCAAUUUUAUACAUAUACUUAUACAUAUACAUAAUUUUUUAUUUGCUUUAA